GUGGAGCUACCCCGAGCUGCACUGCAAGCAGGUCGCCUCGCAGAGCAAGCGGAGUUCUUCAGCUUUGGCACCAACGAUCUGACCCAGACUACGUAUGGCCUAAGCCGAGAUGAUGCAGGAGCCUUCCUGCCUGAGUACAAGGCAAAGGGUAUCGUCGAGCAGGAUCCCUUUGUGAGCCUGGAUCAGGAGGGCGUUGGCGAGCUGAUCCAGAUCGCAGUGGAGCGCGGUCGCCGCAGCCGUUCGGGCAUGAAGAUGGGCAUCUGCGGAGAGCACGGAGGCGAUCCGGCUUCGAUCGAGUUCUGCGAGAAGACGGGUCUGGACUACGUCUCUUGCUCGCCCUUCCGCGUGCCCAUUGCUCGCCUCGCUGCAGCCCAAGCGGCAUUGAAAUCCCAGGGCGAGAAGGCUCUCCAGGCCUCCACGAAGGCUGCCCGCCCCAGGCAGCAACGCUUCGGCCCGUGGUGA